AUGACAAAUAACAAAAAACAAUUAAAAAUAACAAAGAUAUUUCGAAAAGGAGCGGUUGCAAAAUUGCCAGACGAUAAUGAUGUGCUCCAUGAGGAGUUACAACAAUUAGAAGAAAAAUUAAAAGAAAAACAGAAUGAACUUUUUCAAAUUCAAAGAAAUAGCUACAGAAAGAAGGUUUUCCCACAAAAAAGGAAAGAGGAAUCAUUUAUUAGACCACAGAAAAUCAUUCUGACUAAUUCUGUUGAAAGCCUACAUCGAGAUUUAGAGCUAAUGUCAAUGUUAACUGGAGUGGAAGUUCAGUCCUAUGUUGCAAAUGAGCAUUGUUGUGUGUUGUAUCAUAUGCAGCACAAAUCAGAAAAUGUUGUUAAACAUGGUUUAAGAAUUGAUAUGAAUGCUGGAGGUAAUAUAAUUUCAAAGUCAUCAUUGCCAGUCGGCUUCAAUCUUAAUGCUAUAAUGGAAGAUUUUGAUAACGUUAUGAUGCCAGAAUGUCUUGGAGCCAUAAGAAGGGGUUUAGUUGCUUAUUAUAAUAGAAUAGAACAGUUUGAAGCUUUAAAGAAAUUAUUAAAUAUAGAAGCGGAGAUGUUCAAAAUCCUAGAUGGAUCACACAUUGAGAUCUCCUUCUUUGCACAAGAUGCCACCGAGGAAGAAGAACAUCAGUUUAAUGUCACACUUAUACUGGAAUACAGGCUGUAUGAUAUAAGACCUAAGACAUACUCUUUUAAAGAAAUUGAUUUGCCAGAUGGAGCUUCAGAAAUUCUAAGGGAGCAAUGCAUAGUUUUUAAAAGAAAACCAUUACAUAUGGCCUUUAAGGAAGCAUUCCUUAAUGAUGUUGGCACAUACAGACUUGUUCAACAGCUCGGCCCUCGACGCUCAGAAGAUCAAGUCAGAAAACCAAAGAGAUUCCGACCCAACAAACACAAUUACAAUAAUGAUGAUACAUUCCAACCCGAGGACUGCUCCGACCAGGGAGAGGAAGAUAUUUUUGAA